AAAAAAAAAAAAAAGAUGAGGAAUCAAAAACACAGAGAAAUGAGACCAAUUAUUUAACGAAAAACCGUGUUUUCGUUUACUUUUCCUUUUAUUUUUCUUCUUCGGCCGCCAGGGUUUGCACAAUCUUCGGUCCUCACUCCCGCACUUGUAGAUUUUCUCGGAAAAUUACCAUUUGAAAGCAAUCAAUCAAUCAAUAAAGGUGCGGUACUCACAGAAAAAACUUGUGUAUGGAUUUAGCUAUUUAUGGAUAGAUUGAUAGCUCGUAUGAAGAAAGUUUCGGGUAGGAGAGGAGGGGAGCGGAAGUUAGAGCGUAUUGGCGCCUUGAAGAACGUCAAGUAUGACGCCGCUUCUUCUUCCAGCUCCUCAGCUGACGAUCUAUCCGUCUCCACUUCUUCCCUGAUGACGCGCUCUCUUGAGGUGGAUCGAACCAGUUUCCGCAUCGGAGGAGGAGGAGGCGAUGGAGAGUUGGAUCGGAUCUUUAAGUCCAUUGGCGUGUCUGGCCCUGACGAUUUGGCUAUUUCUUUCGACGCCUGGGAAGCUUCCAUGAUGCGUUCCUCUUCGGAGGUUAUCAACAGGUCUAACUCUUUCGACCACGAUUGGAGUCGAUCUGGUCCGAGUGGUGAUGCUAAUUCCGAGGUUGGGAGUUUGGCUGAUAGGGUUGUGGUUGAUGGUGGCGGUACGAAGCGUGGUCUCCAGCGGGUAAUGUCGAGAGGUUAUCUCGUUCCUAGUUCCAGUGAUGUCGUGCCUGUUGUUGGUGUUAGUGGUGGUAUAAAAGGAGUAAGACCAUCUGUGCUUAAGCCUCCUCCCGCGAAACGGCCUCCUAUUGAUCACCAAGGAUCAUCUUGGGACUUCCUUAUGCAUUUGGGGCCGGAACAUGAAAUUGUUAAGCGGCCAAGUUCGUCUUCGUCUUCUUCUUCUUCUUCUUCUUCCGACAAGGCAGAUCAAGUGGAAAAGCAGGAGAGGCUUCUCGCGGUUACAGCUGAUGAGUCAUGCUCAUUCACUACAAACGAGGGUGGUGACUCCUCCAGCACAGUAUCCAACACCUCGCCGGUUUAUUCUUCUGGAAAUAUCAUCACUUCUUGGCUGAAGGGUGACCUUCUGGGACGAGGAUCAUUUGGCUCCGUGUAUGAAGGCAUUUCUGGUGAUGGGGACUUCUUUGCUGUCAAGGAAGUUUCACUUAUUGAUCAGGGAAGUCAGGCACAAGAGUGCAUUCAACAACUAGAAAGGGAGAUUGCAUUACUUAGUCAGCUUCAGCAUCAGAAUAUAGUGAGAUAUCGUGGCACGGCCAAGGAUGGGUCGAAUUUGUACAUCUUUCUUGAGCUUGUCUCCCAAGGCUCUCUUCUCAAACUUUACCAAAAAUACCCGCUUCGGGACUCUGUAGUGUCCACCUACACCAGACAGAUCCUUGACGGCUUGAAAUAUCUCCACGGAGAAGGUUUCAUCCACCGGGACAUCAAAUGUGCAAAUAUAUUGGUUGACGCAAGUGGAGCUGUUAAGCUUGCAGACUUUGGAUUGGCAAAGGUUUCAAAACUAAACGACAUUAAGUCCAGCAAGGGGACUCCAUUCUGGAUGGCUCCAGAGGUUAUUAACCUCAAGCGUACUGACGGGUAUGGAAGUUCAGCUGAUAUAUGGAGCCUUGGGUGCACUGUGCUGGAAUUGCUGACUCGGAAGAUCCCCUACUGCGAUCUUGAAAACCCCUAUCAAGCCCUGUUUAGAAUCGGAAAGGGUGAGCUUCCAGACAUACCUGAUACAUUAUCACUAGACGCCCGAGAUUUUAUAAUUAAGUGUCUCCGAGUGAACCCAGAGGAGCGGCCAACUGCGGCUGAGCUACUGAACCACCCAUUUGUAAAACGGCCCUUAUCAUUCUCAGGCUCGGGAAUCAAGAUCUUCACUUCUCCAUAGACGAGGCUAACUUAGUAGAAUGUCUACACUGGUGAAACUCUUGGUUUCUUUUGCACGAGAAUAUUUGAGUCAGGAGUUGUAGAUUCUAACGUUGAUGUCCUAAUGUAUGUAAGCAGGCGUUAGCAGAAGAUUUGUGAGAGAUGGAUAAGACGCUGUAGAAACUAAAAAAUUGGGGAAACUUGAGCAUGAUUCUUCUUCAACACAAGUCUGCGGUUCAGUUGGGCAGCAAGAGCUAAACUGCUUGGAAACAUAUUCUGGCUCAUUCAUUGGUUAUUUGUUGUGUAAGUUGUGUUGGGCUUGAUUCUAAAACUGAAGAGCCAUAUUCUUCUAGGAAAAGGAUAAAUUAGAGUGUAACUUUGGGGUUUUGAGUGUAUAGGUUUUGUUAAGUUAGUGUAUGUAUCCCAUAUGUAAUGUGAUGUAAUGUAAUGUAUAAUCUGGGUUUGCUAGUUCUUUCUUGUGUUUGUAUC